CGCCGGCUUCCAGGGCCCCGCGCCCCCGGGCGCCCAUCGGUUCCCCCCGGGCGCAAGGUCCCUACGCCUGACCCCUGACCCUCGCCCCGGAAGUCGAGGUGAUUCGGAAGUUCCGGCGCGGUCUCUAGGAAACGGGCCAGCCUGACGCCAGGGGCGGCGCUUCUGGUUCGCGGAGGGGGGCGGACCAGGUCCAGGCCAGCGUGUGCUGCUGCUCCCCACCGCCUCCGCCACGCUGACUCUUCCUCCUCCCUCCCUGGAGAAUGAGCAGUAAGAAGGGGGGGUCCAGAGGCGCGUCGGGGAAGUGGCAGGCGUUCUUCCCCAGAGCCAAGCCAGGAGCUGCUGCUGCAGGGCCAACCGCGGAGGACCAAGCAGCCACCGUUAUCCAGUGUUCCUUCCGGAAGCUCCUGGCAAGAAAGGAGCUGGCCCGCCGUCAGCAGGAGCACCAGGACUACCUGGAGCAGAUGGAGAGGCUGCAGAGGGAGGCCUUCGUGGCCCAGGUCCGGCGGGAGCAGGAGGCGGCCCGGCGGCGGCGGGAAGAGAAGGAGGCAGCCGAGCAGCGGCGGCGGGAGGAGCGGCAACGCGAGGCGCGCCUGCUGGAGGCGGCCUUCGACGGGAACCUGGGCGAAAUCCAAGCCGUCCUGCAGGAGGUGGAAGAGCUGCUGACCCGCGAGGGCGUGGGCUCCGACGCGGCGGGGGCGGCGCGGCGGCUGCAGCGGCGCGUGGCGCUGGUGGACUGCGAGGACGGCGGCGGGAACACACCGUUGUCCGAGGCGGCGGCGGGCGGGCAGCCCCUGGCCAUCCAGCUGCUGGCCGAACAGGGCGCCAGUCCCAACAGUAAGGGCGCCUUCGGCCGGACCCCGCUGUACCGAGCGGCCUUCGGGGGCCACCUGGAAGCCGUGGAGGUGCUGCUGAAGCUUGGAGCUGACCCCCGAGUGUAUGCGGACGACGGGAGCACCCCGGAGCAGGUGGCCUCUCUGGAUGCGGUGGCCAGCGUGCUGCACGUGUGGGACCUGGGCCUCACGGAUGUCAUGCUGCAGAACAUGGAGGCCGAGCGGCAGCGCCGGGCCCAGGAGGCCGAGCAGCACAAGGAGGCGGAGGCCAAGCGCGUGAACCUCAAAGUGCAGCAGCUGGCGAAGGCACAGCAGCAGUGUCACAAGCAGCUGCAGCAGGCGUACUUCGAGCUCAACCGGAGGGUCGCGGAGCACGACAGGUGCGAGCGGAGGGGUGCCGCCAGGGCCGAGCUCACGCUGCAGGCCAUCAAAGACGCAGAGGCGCAGGUGGACAGGCUCCGACAGGAGGCCCAGAAGGCCGAGGAGACGCUGGCCCAGGCCCGGCUGGAGCAGCGGGAGCGGACCCAGGCGGGGGAGGAGGAGGCGCCCGGGCUGAAAUGCCAGGUCACCGAGCUCCACGACGUGCUGCUGAGGGAUGUGGGUGAUCGCAUCCGCGCCGACGGCAGGUCAGCGGCCUGGGUCUGGGACGCGGGACAGGCAGGCGAGGGGCGAGCCAAGGGCCCGGCGGUCGGCGGUGAGCUGACGGCCGCCCCCAGGUGGCCUCUUGUUAUCGACCCUUCGGGCCAGGCGGCCGUCUUCCUGCGCUACCAGGACACCAACUACGUGGACGCCGUGAACCCGGAGCACCUGCGGCCGGAGAGGCUCCGGCUGGCCCUGCUGGGGGCGCUCAGGUUCGGGAAGCCGCUGGUGGUGGACCUGCGCGAGGUGGACGUGUUCCCGGCGGUGCAGCGGCAGCUGGAGGCGGUGCAGCCGGGCCUGGCACGGGAGCUGCUGAGCCGCGCGCUGCUGGAGCGGGAGCGGUACCUGUCGCUGUUGCGGCCCAACGACGGGCCCGAGUACGGCCCCGCCCAGUUCCAGGAGGCGCGCCUGGGGCACUUCCGCCUCUUCUUUGUCACCAAGGUGCGGUGGCCUCCAGCCGAGCAGCUGCGGGUGCUGCUCCCGGUGCGCGUGCAGCUGCCCGGCGGGGGCCUCUAGGGCUCCGCCCCAAUAAAGCGCGCCCCCAGGGCGCUGGGUCCCCGUGCCUGCGCGUGUCCGCCCGACUGCGCGCGCGCGCCCGGGCAGGGGGCUGAGCCUGGUGGCGGGAGCCCAGGCGCGGUCCUCCAGCUGCGGAGAGGGGCUCGGCCCCCUUCCCCACCCCCCCCCCCGCCCCCAGACUCGGAGGAACAGAAGGGGUCGGAGGCGGACAGACAGACGAGAGAUAAAACGUAGUCAAUU